CUGCUACUGACCCCUGAAUGGUAUUCAAACAACUGUAUGAAAGUUAUUAUUGUACCUGUAGGUCGGGCACUCGGACACUAGGUUCGUGUGGACACGUAGCUAGCGUGUUAUUGUUUUUAGAUGCACGUCAUUUCCCAAAUGUGAGAUAUCCGGCAUCGUCUCUUAUGGAUAGAGUGUUGGAUGCUGCUCAUCGGCCUCAAGAAGUUGAUCCAAAUGUUUAAAAAUACCAUCUGAAGGCUUCCUUAGGGAAAACGAGAGUCACAGCAU